AUAACCUAGGCUAGUUAAGCAUCACUGCAACUUGUUUGCAAUACAUAUAAAUAAGAAAAUUACAACAGGGUGUAUCAGAGUAAGGACAUAUUAUUGACAAAUUCUACAAAAGGAGCCCACGUUUUAGUAAAUUUAGCAUGGUUGCCACUAGGAUUAUAUCUCAUCUUCUCUAGUGGAAUCAUUGACAGUACUUCUAUGACCCAUUGUUUGAAAGAAGGGGGUUUCACUGAUUUCCACCCUCAGAGAAUCAGCCUCUGGGCCAUGAAAACACUUUUUAACAUACAUUUUUGGUUUUCUCUUCCAGGAAUGAAGUUUGAUGCUACUUCCUGAAGGAAAUCUCCAAAUACCAUAGGAAUUGAUUCAUACUGUCAUAUGUGAAUAUGGAAUCUAUAGAAGGCAUCAACAGUCAGAAAACAUUUCAGAGCCGAACGCUGAUAAACAGAGAGAAAGGAGAGAAGAAGGAGAGGAAGCACCACUGCUCAGAGUGUGGGAAGAGCUUUGUUCAACAAAUUCAUCUCCGGAGACACCAGCGUGUUCACACCGGAGAGAAGCCGUACGAGUGCUCGCAGUGUGGGAAGAGCUUUGCUCAGAGUGGCUGCCUCACGCGACACCUGAGCAUCCACACAGGUGUGAAGCAGUACGAAUGCUCGGAGUGCGGGAAGGCUUUUAACCGAGGGAAUCAUCUCCUGCGACACCUGAGAGUUCAUACCGGAGAGAAGCCGUACUUCUGCUCGGAGUGUGGGAUGAGUUUUACUCAGCAGAACCAUCUGAGAAGACACCAGCACACUCACACUGGAGAGAAGCCGUACGACUGUCCGGAGUGUGGGAGGAGCUUCACCCGGCAAAGCCAUCUUCAGCAACACCAGCUCAACCACACUGGUGAAAAACCGUAUCAGUGUCCGGAGUGUGGAAUGGGUUUUAAUCAACAGAAUCAUCUCCAGCGACACCAGCUCAUCCACCUGAACACAAAACCAUUCCAAUGUCCUAAGUGCGAAAUGGACUUUAGUGACCAGAGCAAUCUCCAGCAACACCAGCUCAUCCACCUGGACUCCAAACCAUUCCAAUGUCCAAAGUGUGAAAUGGACUUUAGUGACCAGAGCAAUCUCCAGCAACACCAGCGCACCCACACUGGAGAGAAGCCGUACGACUGUCCAGAGUGUGGGAGGAGCUUCACCCAGCAAAGCCAUCUUCAGCAACACCAGCUCAACCACACUGGUGAAAAAACAUAUCAGUGUCCGGAGUGUGGAAUGGGUUUUAAUCAACAGAAUCAUCUCCAGCAACACCAGCUCAUCCACCUGAACACAAAACCAUUCCAAUGUCCAAAGUGCAAAAUGGAUUUUACUGACCCGAACAAUCUCCAGCAACACCAGCUCAUCCACCUGGACUCAAAACCAUUCCAAUGUCCAAAGUGCAAAAUGGAUUUUACUGACCCGAACAAUCUCCAGCAACACCAGCUCAUCCACCUGGACUCAAAACCAUUCCAAUGUCCAAAGUGCGAAAUGGACUUUAGUGACCAGAGUCAUCUCCAGCGACACCAGUGCAUUCACAGAGAAGAAAAGUGCUAUGACAGUUCAGACUGUGGUAAUGAUCUAGAAACACACCAGCAUUCUCACACAGAAGAAGAAACGUAUAGCUGCACUAAGUGUGGGAGCUGCUUUAUAGAUGCAGCUCAUUUGAAGAUACAUGUGUGUUACGAAUGAUUCGGGAAUUCAUGACCUGAAAGAUGUGACUUGUAAAAGUACCGAUCUAAAAGUCUACUCGAGCAAAAGUAAAAAAGUACUAAAUUUAAAAUGUACUUACAGUAAAAGUUACAUAGUUACUUUCAAUUAUUUGAUGUAAAAAAGUAAAAACAAAUUAAAUUGUUUUUAAUGAACUAUUAUUCCACAUAGUAAUUUGGACCUUUUCAGGCAGUAUUUGUUCAGACCACCCCAUAAAACAAGUGGCAUAGGUUUCUAUGCCAUUUUUUUUCUUUACUAUUAAAAAGUUAUGGUAAUAUAGGAAAUAUAUAAUUUUUUAACUUGCCAUUGCUGUGCUUUAACUGUUUUUUUUUAUUUAUUUAAGCAGAUUGUUUAUUGAUAAAAGUACUUACACCAAAUGCUUUCUCAGGUUUGUUGUGGAAGUUUUGAAAGCUGCAGCUCUGUCCGGUGGGGCACAUUUUGUGUUGCAUGAGGAAGUUUUUGCCUCGUUAUUCCAUGCGUGAGCAUCCGUGCCAAAUUAUUUUAAAUUCAGACAAUUGUUUUUUUUUCCCCCAGCAUUUUAUUUUUUAAUCAGUAAUUGGGAGUUUUCCAAUGUAGCAGAAUAAAUUACUUGUGUCAAAACGUAGUUGAGUAAAAGUAAAAUUACCUAUUCAUUACUUUCCACCUCUGACCUGUGGGAAUUUCAGUAAAAAAAGGUUCUGUGAAGUAAGUGUUUAUUAGCUCAGUAAAACACAUUACAGCAUUACAAUAAAUACAAACAGCAAUUUUACAAAAAGCAGAGCUUUUACAGCCCUGUUUUCAUUAAAACAUCUCCCAAUUAGAGAUGGGACAGAUCCGAUACGAUAUUGGUAUCGGGGCCGAUAUUGACGUAACAGUUCCACAGUUUACCCUGAACCCCCAGCAGUACAGCAGCUUUAGUCUGUGGCUGAAUGAGUAAACUUUAGCUGUUUGUCUACAAAAAAGAAGUCUUUGGAAACGCCGAACAGCAAAACGGUACACAUAAUAUUUGUAAAGUCAGCAUCCGAGGGGUGAACAGAUUAACACCAGCAGUCUGUUAGCCUAGCUAGCACUGAACUGACAGCAGCUGCAUUCUGGUGUUGUAAAGGUAUUAACUACAGACUGGUGAUUAAUUUAGUUCGGAAAUACAGUUAGCAUCGCCAGUUAGCCUUUAGCCAUCUCCAUUAAGAUCUGCAGUCUGUUAGCCUAGCUAGCAUUGGGCCGACAGCUGCAUUCCGGCAUUGUGAAUGUAAUAAGUAACUAACUCAAGAGAACUACAGCCAUAAUCCACAUCAAAUAUCAAACCACAGAUCCUAUCCACUCUAACCAGCUGUAAGAAAUCAAUCUGUAAUUAAAAAACACAAAACAGUGAUUAAUUCAGUUCGAAAAUACAGUUAGCGUUGCCGGUUAGUCGUUAGCUAUUGCAGCUAAUCCACUACGCUACCUGUCAAAAUAAAAGUCUCCUGCCCAACCAGUGCAAAAAAAUGUGUCGAGAGCCCUGUAUAUAAUAUUUAACGUAUUUAACUAAAAAAAAUACAAAAUUAAAACAUUUAAUUUAAAGAAGACAACUAUUGUGUAUUUGCAUAUAAAGUGUGUCAAAUAAAUGAUUUUGGAAUGCAUUUACAUUAAAUGCACUUGUGUGUAUACUCCUCAAAGGGCUGUGUGGUCCG